CUGGGAGGAGCCCACCUGCAAAAACUAGAAACCCGAUCGAUCGCACUGUACAUUCUCUCGGGUCCAGCACUCUCUAUAAUCCCUCUAUGCCCUUUUAAGAGGUAGAGAGAGAGAGAGAGAGAUUGAGAAGAUCCAAAGAGAAGAAGAAUCCGUAGAAGCAGGCGAGACGGAGAGCGAUCCGAUGUUAUGGUUUGAGAAAGAUAGACACAGUUCCUAAGCUGAAUAGAGAGUGAGGGAGAUUUUUUUGAUGACUAAGGAUCAGCUUCUUCUUCAUCGCUAGCAUCAUCAGCAUCGAGCGGAUCGAUCGGAUGUCGUCGAUGAUGUCCCCACCACCAACGUCGUCAUCGUCGUCGGUCAACAACGCCACAGGCAAUGCCCAAACCCCAGGCCUCAAGACCUAUUUCAAGACACCCGAAGGCCGUUACAAGCUCCAAUACGAGAAGACACAUCCCGCUGGUCUCCUCCACUACGCCCACGGCAAAGCUGUCUCCCAAGUAGAUAUGAAAUUCCUUGUUUUUCCUUCUCACUCCUCUCUCUCUCUCUCUCUCUCUCUCUCUCCAUCAUUUCCCAUUCUCGAUCUCACUCGUCUUCUUCAGGUGACACUUGCCCAUCUCAAGGACAAACCUGCUUCUGUACCCACUCCUUCCACCCCUUCAUCGUCCUCCAACUCCGGACUGAGUGCUGCCAGUGGCGUCCGCUUUGCUGCUGCUAGGCUGUUGGGUGGAGGCAAUGGCAGCCGCGCCCUCAGCUUUGUUGGAGGCAGUGGCAACGGCGGUGCCAGCAAAGCAGGCACUGGAAGCAGCAGGAUCGGAGGUACUUCUUUGGGGAACUCAGCUUCUUCGAAUUCCCUUCCCUCUAACAACUAUGACGGAAAAGGGACGUACCUCAUCUUCAACGCUGGGGAUACUCUCUUCAUCAGUGACUUCAAUUCACAAGACAAGGACCCAAUCAAAGCCGUACAUUUCAGCAACUCGAACCCUGUAUGUCAUGCAUUUGAUCCUGAAGCUAAGGAUGGCCAUGACCUACUCAUUGGGUUGAAUUCAGGAGAUGUUUACUCGGUGUCAUUGAGACAACAACUACAAGAUCCUGGAAAGAAGCUUGUCGGAACCCAACAUUACAACAAAGAUGGUUCACUUAAUAACAGUCGAUGCACUAGUAUUGCAUGGGUGCCUGAAGGUGAUGGGGCUUUUGUUGUUGCCUAUGCCGAUGGAAACUUAUAUGUUUAUGAGAAGAGUAAGGAUGGAACUGGCGAUUCUUCAUUCCCUGUUAUCAAGGAUCAAACUCAGUUUUCUGUUGCGCAUGCAAGAUCCAGUAAGAGUAACCCAAUUGCAAGAUGGCACAUUUGCCAAGGUUCAAUCAACAGUAUUUCUUUCUCGACAGAUGGAACAUAUUUGGCCACUGUUGGAAGAGAUGGUUACCUGAGAGUAUUUGACUACUCUAAAGAACAGUUAAUUUGUGGCGGAAAAAGCUAUUAUGGUGCUUUAUUGUGUUGUGCCUGGAGCUCUGAUGGAAAAUACAUUUUGACUGGUGGUGAAGAUGAUCUAGUACAAGUUUGGAGUAUGGAAGAUCGCAAGGUUGUAGCAUGGGGCGAGGGACACAACUCAUGGGUUAGUGGAGUUGCUUUUGACUCAUAUUGGUCAUCGCCAACUUCAGAUGUCACGGGAGAAAAUGUCAUGUACCGUUUCGGUUCUGUUGGUCAGGAUACUCAGUUACUUCUUUGGGACUUGGUAAUGGAUGAGAUCGUCGUACCUUUGCGACGAUGCCCUCCUGGUGGAUCACCUACAUUUAGCAGCGGAAGCCAGUCAUCUCAUUGGGACAGCAUUUGCCCAGUGGGCACUCUUCAACCCGCUCCGAGCAUGCGUGACGUUCCAAAGCUCUCUCCUGUAGUCGCUCACCGCGUGCAUGCGGAGCCGCUUUCUGGCUUGAUAUUUACUAACGAGUCCAUUGUUACAGUUUGCCGGGAAGGACAUGCAAAGAUCUGGACAAGGCCCAGUUUUGCUGAUAACCAACCAAGCAACAGCUCAGAGGCAGUUCUAACUCCUGCCAAAUUGUUUCUCCGGUUGCUGAGUGCUUGCCCCGUUUGUUGCUUCUUACAGUCAGAAUGUAGAUUGAGUGCUUUACAGCUUUUUAGGUUAUGGGAAGUGCAAAGGCUACUUUAGGAUUUAGGAUUUUCAAUUGUGUUCUAGCCACAUAGGCCACCCACCAUAUUCAAGCCAUUCAUCAGGUGGCCCAUCCAUGUAUGUGCCAUGGUCAAAUAUCAGGCCAACCCAGUUCUCUGCUGGGCUGCAUGUGUAAGGAAGAAAUGGUCGGGUAGAGGUAGGAAAGAAUAGAAUGAACCAAAAAAAAAAAAAAAGAGUCCACAUUCAACAUACAGCCCACACCUGAUUAACAGACAACACUGAUGUUCAAGCCAUGCACAUAAUAGUGGAGCCCUCCUGGUGAACAGCCUGCAUAUAGUGUCCCACAUUGUCACGUCAGGAGAGAUUCGGAUCAACCCUUAGGAGGGCCCUGAGAUUACUGGAUUUUCUUUGCUAAACAAGUUGUUAACGAGUGUUAUUGUAUAUUUUCAGGGAUAAAAUGCCAGUGAUGGCACUGAGAGAGGUGGGGGAGCAGUUUAUGUCAUUAGAAACUACACCUGCUGUUGUGUACAAGACGGCUGCCCUGUUGCUGUUUUAUUUCUGACAGCUGAUGGGUAUAACCAAAUGUGCGGUUCCAGUUUAUUGAGAUACAUAAGAGCUUCACCAGAAUAACUAUGUAACUGAUUUGACUGCUUUGUUCAAUAUGCGUUCUGAUUUCUUCUCUUUUGGGUCCUUUUGUAAUCCACUUGCUGGCACUUGUAAAACAGGUGAAAGUCAAUAUAUGUAUGGAUUAAAACAAA